GCCGCAGUGUAGCCUAUGCACAGGAGGAUGAGGUUGAUGGAGAAGAGGAUGACAUCAUUGAUGAUGAAGAGGUUAAUGUUGAUGAUGGGACAGAAUCGGAAGUAGAACAAGUUGAUGGAACGGAAGAGGAAGAGGAGGAAGAAGAAAUGACUGCCAAGGGAUCCCCAGAUGCUGACACCAUCAUCUACUUCACCAAGCCUGUGGGCACUGGCUCAGACCUGCCAGCUGGUAAGCUUGUAGAGUUCCUGGUGGGCUUCACAAACAAUGGGGACAAAGACUUCAUCUUGGAUGCCAUUGAUGCCUCCUUCCGUUACCCUAUGGACUUCAACUUUUACAUCCAGAACUUUACCGCCAUCCCCUACAACCGUGCUGUUAAACCACGUCAGGAGGCCACAGUUAUGUACUCCUUCUACCCUGCUGAAGCCUUUGCUGGUCGUCCCCUUGGCUUAACUGUCAACCUUGCUUACCAUGAUGCUGAUGGCAAUGUGUUUGUUGAUCCAGUGUUCAACCAGACUGUGAACAUUGUUGAGGUCGAUGAGGGAAUGGAUGGAGAAACCUUCUUCCUAUACAUCUUCAUGCUUGCCUUUGCUGUACUGCUGCUUGUGGCUGGCCAUCACUUUCUCUCCUCAUUCGGUCGCAGGCGAGGUGGCAAGAGGCACACCGUUGAAAUGGGUACCAAGAAGAGCAACAGUGUUGACUAUGACUGGCUACCCAAGGAACUCCUCAGUGAGAUCAAGAAGAGUCCACGUCAGUCUCCCAGGCAGCGGAAGGCAGCCCGUGAAACUAAUUCUAAGUAAACCUAUGGAGUUGACCUCAAAGGACACCCAAGUAGCUGUCCUAGAGGAAAAUCCUGAUGAACAGCAGAGUUACCAUCAUUCGUGCUGUGAGAUGAGUGGAAGAAAGCACCCACUGGAGGUGGAGAGCCCAGGUGAUUAUCCACUUUGGGUCAUGAUUAAUCUUGACCAGGAAUUGUGGCUCCUAUUGAUGAAAUGUUUUUUUUCGUCUGACAAUCAAAACUUUGUCUGUGUCUGGCCACCAGAAACACUGAGGAACAACUUUAAGCAAGAUGACUUAUGUAUUACUAUACUAAUAGCCCCCAGAGUUAUCUUCAGGUAAGGUGACUAACAAUGGGAAAGGUCCACAUUAACACUGUGUUGUUAGAUGCCAUAUCAAAAGAUUCCUUUGGGGGCAGAAUUUCAGCAUUCUUUGGUUGUGGAUGUUUGCUGUAAAAGGAAAAUCGAAUUAAUGUCUUUGUUGCUAUUUAUGUAUGAAAUAAUCAAAUGGACCAAUAAAGCUUGCUGAAUCAGUGUUCA